AUGUACAACUCCGUGGCUGCAGAGCACUCGAGCAGCCAGUCCCAUACCGAGCUGUCAGACAUUCGCCAGGCUCGUUGUGUGGUGCUGCGUUUUCUGAAGUUUCCUCCCAACAGGAAGAAGACCUCGGAAGAAAUAUUCCAGCACCUACAGAACAUAGUGGACUUUGGCAAAAAUGUCAUGAAAGAGUUUUUGGGGGAGAACUAUGUUCAUUGUGGGGAGGUGGUUCAGCUGCCUUUAGAUUUUGUGAAACAGCUUUGCUUAAAGAUACAAUCUGAAAGACCAGAAUCUCGCUGUGACAAGGACCUGGACACUCUCAGUGGCUACGCUCUGUGCCUUCCCAAUUUAGCCAGACUUCAGACCUACCAUUUUGCUGAGCACCGGCCGAUUCUGUGUGUAGAGAUCAAGCCAAAAUGUGGGUUUAUUCCUUUCUCCAGUGAGGUUACACAUGAGAUGAAGCAUAAGGUGUGCCGUUACUGCAUGCACCAGCACCUCAAGGUGGCAACUGGGAAGUGGAAGCAGAUAAGUAAAUACUGUCCCCUCGAUCUCUACUCAGGAGAUAAACAGAGAAUGUACUUUGCCUUGAAAAGCUUGUUACAGGAGGCACAGAACAACUUAAAGAUAUUUAAGAAUGGGGAGCUGAUUUAUGGCUGCAAGGACGCGCGCAGCCCAGCAGCUGACUGGAGCGAAUUGGCACAUCAUCUGAAACCAUUCUUUUUCCCAUCCAACGGCCUGGCCAGUGGGCCUCACUGCACAAGGGCCGUGAUCCGGGAGCUGGUGCGUGUCAUCACGCGGGUGCUGCUCAGCGGCUCGGACAAGGGCCGGGCAGGUGCCCUGAAGCUGGGGCCUGGGUCGCGAGGCCCAUGUGUCUGUGAAGCCAGCCCUUUCAGCAGGAGCCUGCAUCACCAAGGAAAAGGCAGCCUGGAGCACUCGGGGUUGCCGAAGGGCUGUCUUCUGUACAAAACCCUUCAGGUGCAGAUGUUGGACCUGCUGGACAUCGAAGGCCUGUACCCGCUGUACCGACGGGUUGAGCGAUACCUGGAGGAGUUUCCUGAGCAGAGAAAAACAUUGCAAAUAGAUGGGCCUUAUGAUGAAGCAUUUUACCAGAAGCUGCUCGAUCUUUCCACUGAGGAUGAUGGGACUGUGGCUUUUGCGCUGACAAAGGUUCAGCAGUACCGGGUGGCCAUGACUGCAAAGGACUGCUCCAUCAUGAUCGCGCUCUCCCCGUGUCUGCAGGAUGCAAGCUCUGACCAGAGGCCUGCCGUCCCGUCGUCGAGGUCCAGGUUUGCCUUUUCUGCGUCUGUGCUGGACCUCGAUCUCAAACCCUACGAGAGCAUCCCUCAUCAGUACAAACUGGAUGGCAAGAUAGUCAACUACUAUUCAAAGACUGUACGUGCCAGAGAUGCCGCCACGAUGUCAACGCGGUUCAAGGAGAGUGAAGACUGUACAUUAGUUCUGCAUAAGGUCUAACUUUUUCCUGUGGUGUCUUUGAAACUUGAACAUAGAAUGUGAAGGUUGAACGCUA